AUGAGAAGAUACCUUUAUGUAAACUUUUCUGCGCUGGCGAGUACUCAGGGAGAGAUCCGGGUGGGGCCCAGCCAUCAGGCGAGGCUUCCCGACUGUCAACUCGAUGUGAUGCCCAAAGAAAUGCCUGAGAAGUGUGAGACCCUGGAGGAGCUG